UGUCAUUUGGCGAUACAGCAGCUAUCAGACCGGACCGGGUUUGCCGGUUGCUCCUUCAGGUGUCAAGUCGCGUGUUAUCCUGCCCUUCCCCAUUCACCUGCGAUAGGGGUCUGGGGUGCAGUGGAUGCGUAUCCACCAUAGCGUCGACCUACCUCAUUAUCUUGGUGGGCGAGCUCACGCGACGAUAAGCUAAGGGUGCCGAAGACCCGGUCGGCGAACCGGCAAAUUGUCGAACAACUUGAUGAAUGUCGCUGUUCAUUCAUUGACUCGGCGUGGAGUAUAACUCUUCCCAUUCGGCCCUUUCAUCCAUCGCUGGAAGACACCACCGAUUCAAACCCAGCGUUACACACCUCUCCUACGCAAAGUUCAAGAUGAGUUUCCCCGAAGGCAACAUCAACACGGCGCCUAGCUCCAAGAGGAGCAUGGAAGUCUCCGGUACAAAGGAGAUUGUCAACGCUGACGAGCUCCGGCUCGCGCAGAUGGGUCACACGCAAGAGCUCAAACGCCAUUUCAGUACUCUAAGCUUGGUCGGGCUUGCUUCCACCACAACCAUCUCUUGGACGGGACUAGGCUUGGGGCUCAUCACCGAAAUUGGUGCUGGUGGCCCUGGGGCCGUCAUCUACGGCUUCAUCCUCGUGACGACUUUGCAAUGCUUCCUUGGUGCCUCGCUGGCUGAGUUCGUGUCUUCAUAUCCUACCGAGGGAGGCAUGUAUCACUGGAUUGCGGCUGUGGCGCCAAGGAAGGCCACCGGUCCUUUGAGCUUCUUCACUGGCUGGUUCAGUGUCCUUGGCUGGAUUUUUACAACUGCUUCCACGAACAUCAUCUACGCCCAGAUCUUCAUGGCGCUGAUUGCACUCUACCACGAGAACUUCGAGAUCCAAACCUGGCAGACGUUUGUCGUGUAUCAGGGGCUCAACCUGAUCACGGCCAGCGUGGUCAUGUUCGGUAACCGAGUCAUCCCUGCCUUGAACAAGUUUUCCCUGUUCUAUCUCCAAAUUGGAUGGCUUGUGGUCCUGAUCACGGUAGCCGCCUGCGCCCCUUCGCACCGAAGCACCGAGUUUGUCUUCAGAACGUGGAUCAACAACACCGGCUGGGAGAACCAGGUCAUUUGCUUCAUCACUGGCCUCGUUAACCCUCUAUACAGUCUUGGCGGUCUCGAUGGUGUCACCCACAUCACCGAGGAGAUGCCCAACCCAUCCCGCAAUGCGCCUCUGGCCAUUGCCAUCACCCUGAGCAUCGCUUUCUGCACGGGCCUGACCUACCUCAUCACCCUCAUGUUCUCCAUCCAGGACUUUGACGGCCUCACCGGGAACAACACUGGCUUGCCACUCGCCGAGCUCUUUCGCCAAGUGACGCAGCAUGCAGGAGGGGCUUUUGGGCUGACUUUUAUCCUUUUCAUCGCUCUGGGGCCCUGCGUUGUUAGCUCACAGCUGAGCACAGGCCGCGUGUUCUGGGCUUUCUCUCGCGAUGGCGCCAUGCCAUUCUCUAAGAUCUGGUCCGAAGUGAGCCCUCGCUUCCAGAUACCGCUAAACUCGCACAUCGCAGUGACCACCAUCGUCGGGCUUCUCGGGUGUCUCUACCUCGGAUCAUCCACUGCCUUCAACUCACUGCUUGGGACCGCCGUGACGAUCAACAACAUGUCCUACAUGGUCCCUAUUCUGACGAACCUGCUCACCGGCCGCCGCAACAUGUAUCGAGGCGUCUUUCAUAUGGGCAGCACCAUUGGGCCAAUCGUUAACACCGUCACUGUCUGCUGGCUGGCGUUUGCCAUCACAUUCUUCUCAUUUCCCUACGUUAAGCCCGUCACACCGGAGAACAUGAACUACACUUGUGUCGUUGUUGGAGGGCUCACUAUCUUGCUGUCGGGCUGGUGGUUUAAGGUGGGCUCUGACUAUACGCAAACUAUGCUCAAGGCUAGGGAGGAGUAGGCAGCAGAAAGCAAGCAACAAUUAUCAGUAUUCAUACUUGAGAUAUCAUCUAAUAAUCGAUCUAGCUUCGUGUUUGUUUUGAAUUAGGUAGAAGGGUAUUAAACGUGGUAUAAUAUAUUCG